GCCAGGUUGCAGCAUAGGCUUCGUUGCCCUCUUGCUGGCAUGGCUUCAUUACGUAACGUGGGUGUUACCCUCGAAGGCGUACUGCGGUGCAUUGCCGAAAGAAGUCCUCCUGAAACACGAAUCCGAAACCGAUGUGCUAAAGAAAAAAGCAAGGCGGUGGCUGCUGGAAAACUUGAAACAGGAUGCAGUAACCUUUGAGGAUGUUGCUGUGUUCUUCACGAAGAGCAGUGGGCUCUGUUGGAUUGGAAUCGGAGAGCUUUAUACCAGGAAGUUAUACAAAAGAAUUAUGAUGAUGUGGCAUCUUAGAUAUCCAGCUUUUGAAGCCUGAUUUAAUCUCCUGGUUUGAGCAGGACCCCUGAUUUUCAGACCAGCCCAUUUUGGGAAAAUGGACUUUGCUUCAGAGCCCAAAAAAGGGUUUGCAAUAAUGAGAAUCAAGAUGGAACAAGAAGAGGCAUCACGUUGCCUCCCUCGGGGAGAUUUGGAGACCUUCCAAGAGACUAGUUCAGGGUUUCCACUUGUCCAGCCUGAUUUGAUCUCCUGGCCUGAGCAAAAAUCUUGCUUUUCAGAUCAGCUUGCCUUCGAGAAAGUAGAGAUUCCAUCACAGUCCAAUCCAGGUUUUUCUGAAGUGGUGGUUAAGCUGGAACAAGAAGAGGAUCCAUGUGGCCUGUUCAAGCAGGAAUCCAAGACCUUUACAGAUAUGAGCUCAGGAUUUCCUGACCUUGUAAUAAAGGAAGAGGAAGGAGAGGCGCUCCGCAGCCACAGAUUGGAAGAAAACCCAAGUGUUGCUGCUGAUCAGUCAGGAUUUCCUGAUGUUACAGUAAAGCAAGAGGAAGAAGAGAAGUUGUGUGUUGUAAAUCACCAGGGAUCUGAGGAAAGUCCUACCACUGCUGCAGAUCAGUCAGCAGAUAACUGGAGGAAAACGAAUACAUGUGCCCAGUGUUGGAUGUCUUUUUCACAAACGUUGGAUCUUGGAAACCACCAGCAAAUCCUCAUUGGAAAGGAAAGCCAUACCAGAGUGAAGGACACCAAGUGCAUCAUGUGUGGGAAAGAUUUUGCACAAGAGGGGGCAUUUCUGCUUCAAGAGAGUAUCCACACUGGGAAAAAAUACCGAAGAUAUCAAGCACUUUCUGGCAGUUCAGACCAUGUGACUCCUGAGCAAAUUCACCUGGGAGAGAAACCAUUCAAAUGCCAGGAUUGUGGGAAAUGUUUUGCUUACAAUUCACAUCUUCUGAUCCAUGAACGAGUCCACACGGGAGAGAAACCCUACAAAUGCAUGGAGUGUGGGAAAUGUUUUGCUAACGGCUCAACUCUGGUCAGCCACCAAAGAAUCCACACUGGCGAGAGACCGUACAAAUGUCGGGAGUGCGAGAAAUGUUUUUCUUGUAGUUCGCACCUUGUGAUGCAUCAGCGCAUCCACACAGGGGAAAAACCAUACCAGUGCCAGGAGUGUGGCAAGUGUUUCACUUGCCAUUCGCACCUUGCGAUGCAUCAGACUGUCCACACGGGAGAGAAAUCAUACCAGUGCCAGGAAUGUGGGAAAUGUUUUGCUCGCAACUCACAGCUCGCCAAGCACCAGACGGUUCACACAGGAGAGAAAGCGUACAGUUGCCAAGAGUGUGGGAAAUGCUUUGCUCAAAAUGCACACCUGGUGGGCCACCAGCGAGUCCACACAGGUGAGAAGCCCUACAAGUGCGAGGAAUGCGGGAAAUCCUUUGCUCGUAAUUCACAGCUCAUAAGGCAUCAGAAAAUCCACACAGGGGAGAAACCCUACCUAUGUCAGGAGUGCGGGAAAUGUUUUUGUCAGAAGACAGAGCUUGUGAAGCAUCAGAGAGUCCACACUGGAGAGAAACCAUACAGGUGCCAGGAGUGUGGGAAGUGUUUUGCUCAGAGUUCACCACUUGUGAAGCAUCAGAGAGCUCACAGAGGGGAAAAAGCCUACAAGUGCCAGGAGUGUGGGAAAUGCUUUGGCCAGAACAUACAUCUCGUAAAUCAUCGAAGAAUCCACACUGGAGAGAAGCCUUAUAAAUGCCAGCAAUGUGGGAAGUGUUUUGUUCAAAACGCACACCUUAUGAGGCACCAACGAGUGCACACUGGAGAGAAGUCAUUUAAAUUCCAGUGUUUCGAUUACCUUGCAGACUUCCAGACAGGCUCAGACCUUGAGAACCUCCAGAACGUCCAAAUGGAAGACAAUUUAAAUGAAGCACCGUCGAGCCCAGAUGGGAGAGAAAUCAUACCGUUAACAAGUGUGUUGGAAAUGUUUUGAUCAUGAGUUACAAGAAAGUCCACAAAGCAAAAAUAAUAGAAUGGCACUAGGAAUAUGAGGUAUUUUGUUCACAUGUACGAUGUUACAAUCCACCAAGAGUCCAACCAGGGGAGGAAACUAUAGCAAUACAAGAUAUUUGUUUAGAGACCUGAGCUUGUGAUCCAACUGGAAACAAAAGAACAGUAAUCCUUUUGGAGGUUUAACUAGGAAAAAAGGUUUCUCUCAACCGUCUGAAACUGUAUAGUGUGAGAGGACUUGCUAUAAGCAUGUUAGAAAUAUUUUGAUUGCACAUCACAAGAGAGUUCAUGGCUGCAUCUACAUUAUAGAAUAAAUGGAAUUUGACACCCCUUUAACUGCCAUGGCUUAAUGCUAUGGGAUCUUGGGAGUUAUAGUUUGGCACCAGCACUCUUUGGUAGAGAUGGCUAACACCUAGGCUGGAACUAUGUUGCCAUAUAAUCCAUAAUCUAGAAUAUCUGCUUUGAACUGGAUUAUAUGAGUCUACACUGCUAGAUAAUCCAGCUCAAAGCAGAUAAUCUGGAUUUUAUAUAUCAGUGUAGAUAGUGCCCUGGUCAAAUGACAACUCCCAGAAUUUCAUAGCACGGAGCCGAGGCUGUCCAAGGGUUGUCAAACAGCAGUCAGUGUAGAUGCACCCCAUUAAGGAAAGAUAAUAGAAUGUACCAAUAAUGGAAGAUAUUUUGUCCAUAUGUCCAGUGUUAUGAGCCGCCAGAGUCCAUAGACAUACCAAUGAUGUAGAACAUGUUUGGAGGUCUGGGCUUGUGAUCCCAAGAACAUGAACUGCCUUAACUGGAGAAAAUGUUUUCCUAAACUAUCUCAAAACAAUAUACCGCGAGAGGACUUGCUAUAAAGUAAGGAACCUGGGGAAAAGUUUCUUGCAAUACUUUUCUAUCCAGAGUAAAAAUAAGCCUGCUAUAUGCUCUAAGCUGCAAGAACAUCAAGAGUAACAUUAUUAGUGUGAAAAAUAUUUUGGUUGCAGCUUAGAAUGGAUAAUCAACCAGCAUAUCUUCUUAAGUCAAAAAAACCUCAUCUGGACUCAAGCUUGAGAGAUACUUUCUUGGUUUAUAAUAUUUUAAAAACUCAUCAGAAAUAAAUACUUUGAAUGCA